CGACCGCGAUCUGGGGGAAAGCGAACAGCUGUCGUGACGGAAAUUCGUUGGAUGAUCUUGAGUGUAAAAACCGUCACAUUUCAUCCAUUUGAUAUGAUACACGUCAGUGAUGGGUAGCGAGAGUUAGCGCGUUAAAAACGUAGAGAUAUAUACGUGCAGGAGGGAGUUUGAUUGCGAGAAAAAGAAAGACAAACCGAAAAUCCAAAAUGGCAGACGACAUAAACAACGAUACGCCGGAAGGAAAUUGUAAAGAGAAGAUGAAACCGACACCGAUGGAAGAGAGAUUGAUGUAUUUUGAAACGUUGCGAGAAUGGCUUCAGGAUUGGUACUAUUGGCAAACCGUCGCGGCGAUGAUCCCUUAUUACGUGAUGUCACAACACGUCGCAAACACGACGACCGGUAUGAAUGAACAUUUCACCGGUUCAACACCUUUUCAACCAGCUCAAAUACCAACAAUGCGACCAGAUACAACAAGUGGAAACGCGGAUCAACAGAAUGAAGCAAUUAGGCAAAGGUUCCUGAGGAGGCCUCCUCAGGAACAACUUGCGGGACCUUAUCAGCCUCCGGGAACAGACGGUUACGAGUAUCGUAUUCCUCCGCUUUGGAAAAGAUUUGCCGCAGAAUUUAUAGACUCAAUAAUGUUGUUUCUUCUAAAGCUUUCCAUUACCUUUAUUGCGAUUGAUAUCUUCGAUUUUAUAGAUAUCGAGGAUCUAGAUUUGUUACAAACAAAUUUGCGCAUUGAUUACAACAUGGCUCUAAACAUGACUUAUGGGAUUUUAAUUUUGGAAAUGAUUCAUCGUAUGAUAGUUUGUAUCUUUGAGGCCUUUUGGCUUCACCAUGGCGUGUACGGUUUUAUCGGAGGCGCCACUCCCGGCAAGUACAUGAUGGGCUUGCGAGUUGUUCAAUGCCGUAGCGUGACUCCUGUGGAUCGUCCAAACGAGCCGAACGUCGUUCUGGUGAGCCCGGGAACCGAUCUGGGCUUGCCGUUGGCGUUAGGCCGGUCGGUGGUCAAGAACCUGGUACUCGCGUUUCUCUUCCCAAUUUGUUUCUCGUUGUUCUUCUUCAAGUUUAACAGAACUGGUUACGACUUGAUUUGCAAUUCCAUUGUUGUCGAAGACGCCUACAGAAAUGGAAAUAACCGAAUACACCAGCAGUAGAUCGUUCGAGAGACGACAUACUGCACGACAUACUGUGAUCUGUAUAUAACAGCUGUCUGUGCUUCUUGUACCUUUGUAUGCGUGCGGAUUCAUGCUGAUGUGUAUGAUGUGUGUGUGAGAAAGUGUGUGUAUGUACAUAAAAACUAUAUAUAUAUAUAUAUAUAUAUAAAUGUAAAAAAUAAACAUCACGGCAGAAAGCCGAUUAUGUAUCUUGAUUCAGAAGGAAUUAUAUGCAUCUAUAAAUAUA